AUGGAGAGGAAGCACCUCGAUGUUGCGGUUGCGGAAACCAGGGUUGUCGCCGAGAACAGCCACCCAUCAGACAGGAACUCUGUCCUUGAGCAGCCCAAUAUCAACGACCAAGAUAAACCUCCAUUGCCAUUUCGACGCCGACUUAAGCAUAUUGUCUGGGACACCCUGGACUACACACCUGCAGAGCGAAGAUUUGUUUCCAAGAUUGACUUUUUUAUCUUAACAUGGGCCGGUUUCUCUUAUUUCUCCAAGAAUUUGAAUUCCAAUAACCUCUCAAACGCAUACGUAUCUGGAAUGAAAGAGGAGAUCAACGUCGUCGGCAACCAGUAUCAGACUUUUAUAACUAUGUGGACCAUCGGCUAUGUUAUAAGUCAGAUUCCAUCACAGGUCAUCUGUACGCGAGUACGACCGUCGAUCUGGUGUCCCUCGUGGGAGCUUCUUUGGGUUAUAGUAACAUUUGCCUCUUCGUCCGUCAAGACACCUCACCAACUAUACGCCUGUCGCUUCUUCGUGGGUCUCGCAGAAGGCACAUUCUAUCCAGCAGUACACACUGUCCUGGGGGCUUGGUACACGAAAAGAGAGAUCGCUAAAAGAGCCUGCAUCUUCUUCGGGUCAGCGUUUGUGGGUUCGAUGUUUAGCGGAUACCUUCAAGCAGCUCUGUAUACAGGCAUGGACGGCGUCGGCGGUCUAUCUGGUUGGCGGUGGCUGUUCAUCUUUGACGGUGUCAUCACCUUUCCCAUGGCAGUGUGGGGUUAUAUUGCCCUACCAGAUCUACCCACUAACACCCGAGUCUUUUGGCUUAAGCCGCAUGAGAAGGAGCUGGCGGUACGACGUAUAAAGGAAGCUGGUAAGGCUGUGGGCGAGCCAGUUACGUGGGCUGGCAUAAAAAGAGUGCUGGGGAAGUGGCACUUCUGGGUUUAUACCGCUUACUAUACGUUCUUCAUUUGCAGUGAAAAUAUUGGAUCAUACAUGAACCUUUGGUUGAAAAGUCUCCACAAAUACUCGGUGGCUGAGAUCAACACCUAUCCAACCGUUACCAACGCAAUCACAAUUGUCACUAGCUUAGCCUAUGGCUGGACAAGCGACUAUAUCAAGCUACGGAGCCCGAUUGUUUUCUUCUCUUUGUGUGUUUGCUUUUUCGCAGCUGUCAAUUUGGCUGUUUGGGAUGGUGUGCCGUUUGGAUUGAAAUGGGCAUCUUAUUAUCUGACCGGAUUCGCGCAAGGAUCUGGCCCCGUUUUCUUGACGAUGGUGAACGAGGUUUGUGCAGGCGACAGUCUCGAAAGGAUCAUUAUUCUCGGCUCAACAAACUCUAUUGCGUAUGCCUUCAAUGCAUGGAUCCCACUCCUAUCGUAUAAUACAACAUAUGCACCAAGAUUCCUGGUUGGAAACUCGAUUACAGUUGCCUUAAUCAUAUGUGCUGCGAUGACGCUGGCGCUUGCUGUAUAUUUGGAGAGAAGGGAUAAUGCAAGGAAAUAUGAUGUUGGCGAAGAGGACGCAACCUCCAGUCCGAUAGUGGCAAGCCAAAGCGAGGAAUGGAACGCGGGUAAAAGCGGACGUGAAGGGCUCGCCGGAGCAUUUGCUAAGGAGAUUGGUGAGAUCCGGUUUUCCGAGUGCUGA